CUUUGUCCACAGUUGUACUUGUGACUGCAACGGAAUGGCUGACUCAGAAUCCGGUCUGUUAGAGAAGAAGAGUUUUGUAGUUGUAACUGGGGCCAGUCGUGGCCUCGGUAAAAGUAUAGCUUCUAAGCUGGUAGCCGCAUUACCACGUUCAUCGUUCUUCCUGUUUCUAUCACGAAACAAUGCUGCACAAGAAAUCAUUGCAGCUGAACUGAUGAAAUCAUUUCCAGGUGUACAGAUUGGAUGCCGUAAAUACGACCAAGGACUACUUGAGCAGAUGGUAUUUGAUCGCCUAUUCGUAGAUGUUUUGAAUGACUAUGCUUUGAAAGUGUCCGAUUUCGAGCAAUCAAUCGUUGUUCAUAACUGUGCAACUGUUGGAGAUGUGUCAAAAUGUGCCUGGGAAAUGACAGACGUUAAGUCUCUUCAGAAGUUCUUUGAUAUAAAUGUAACUGGUAUGAUUUUACUUAACUCUGCCUUUUUCGAAACGUUCCGCGAAACGAAGAGUCGGCUUAUCGUAAACAUAACGUCUGACAACUCCAAAGUACCCUAUCCAACCAUGAGUACCUACUGCGCCUCUAAGGCGGCAAGAGACAUGUUUUUCCGUGUCCUUGUUUCUGAGGAUCCUUCUGUUCGGGUCCUGAGCUACUCGCCUGGACCAUGUGAUACAGAUAUGCUGGCCAAUGUACGUGACAAGUCGUCUAACCAUGAGUUAGCGGGUGACCUCAAAAAUUUUUACAACGAGGGUAAAGUGUUGUCCUGUGAUACCUCAGCGGAAAAGCUUGUUGCCUUCCUGAAGAAAAACACAUUCAAGAACGCCGAGUACGUUGAGUAUGACGACCCAUUGUAGCCGUUAUUGCUACUGUUGCAGUGUGAAGGCCGGGCAGCAUAAUGUUGUAAACACUUAUACAGAAAAUACAUACAUAGUAGUUUAAUAUCAAAAUGAUAUAUUUCAGCACCAGAUUCAGCCUAUUUAUUUACGAUAGUGAAUAAGACUGGAAGUGAAAUAUACUGGUCAUUGUUAAUAACUGAUUGAAUCUAAAUAUUGUAGGGGUGAUGUAUCGGCGAGGAUGGAUUUUAAUAACGCUAAUUUUAAUACUAUCUGUGUAAUAACGGAUCAACCUUUUGAUAUCUUAUUUACAGGUAUAAACAUCAAACUUUAGGCCCUUAGCAUAAGUCACGAGUCCUAGAAGGACGAAACAGCUGUAUGAUGCAGUUUGAUUCAUUGUUGGACUCUACAAUAUCUAACUAUAAAAAUGUAUUGAAACAAUUCAUUUGUUCAAUACUCUUUAAACUAACGACGUUGUUAAAUGUAAUGAAUCAAUAACUUCUAAUCAAGCGACUGGACUAAAUCUUGUAGUUCAAAGUUGUUUAACGCAGUCGUUCACUCAAACAAAAAGGUAAUUAAUAAAAGCAUAAACACUA